ACACACACAGUUGAGUAGCCCCCGACUUGACAGUUGACACCAACGCAGUGGGUAAACGGAAAAGGAAGCGUAGGUUUAAAACAAGCAAGAGAGUCGUGAAGGAAGAAAGGCUGGGUGAUGGGCGCUUUUGACGCAUCAUCGAAAUGGUUAACAUUCUCCAUAACACUGGCGGUUGCCACUAUUUCUGCAUCUGCAGCCAUCUCUGUUCAUUUCUGGGGGAGAAAAACAAUACAUACGAAUGAGAAGAUUCGAAAGCUCGAGUUAUCUCUCAAGGGCUCAUUAGAGAAGUGUGCUGCUGAAAGGCAAGGCCGUAUUAGGGCUCAACAGGCUUUAAGGAAAUCACUGACCCAACCUAGUUCUGACAAUUCAGAGUUCACUUCUUAUCCUAUGAUACCUAUUGCCAUCGUCCGGUCAUGCUUCUCUACCAGGAAUGGGACGCCAAGGCAACCUUUACUUGUACCUCUUGCUAGGGCAUGCUUGGUAUUUGAUUCCUCUCGGGUUCCUCCAGCAUCUCUUGAGGGUCUUGAAGAUUAUAGUCAUUGCUGGAUUCUAUAUGUUUUUCAUUUGAAUACAGAUCUUGAAAAGUUAUGGAAGCAUCCAAGUAAGUCAAAGUUUAAGGCGAAGGUUAGAGUACCAAGAUUGAAGGGUGGAAGGAUGGGAGUAUUUGCAACAAGAUCUCCACAUCGCCUAUGCCCUAUUGGGCUUACUGUGGCAAAGGUGGAGGUAGUACAAGGAAAUAAGGUCCUGCUCUCUGGUGUGGAUCUGGUCGAUGGAACACCUGUUCUCGAUGUCAAACCCUACCUACCAUAUUGUGACAGCAUCCCGGGAGCAAUUGUUCCAGUGUGGGUGAAGGUCGACAGUUUGUUAGAUGUAGCUUCUGUUACCUUCUCUGAGGGCUUUCCCUCUGCUCUAGCUGAUUGUCGGAAGAUUGUGGGAAAAAAAUCGCUCUAUGCAUCACCUGAUGAAUUUCAAAGCUUGGUCAAGCAAGUGCUCUCAUGGGAUAUAAGAUCGGUAUCUCAAAGAAGCCGCCCUCAUAAUUCCCUAGUUAAGACAGAAGAUGGCGAAACAGUUGAUCAUGCUCUGGACUUGGACAAUUACCCUGAUGAAGCUUCUGAUAAUGGAUUUGAGCAGGUUUCUUCGUUUCUUUCUGGUGAUAUUAUCUAUCACCUGAUUUUGGAAGGCCUGGAUGUCUCCUACAGAGUUGAUUCCGAUGGUCAUGUUCUUGUAGAGGAAGUCACUUUGUCAUCGCACCAACCAAACAGUAAUAAAUAACUGCAGUUGCAUUAUGAGAAGGUAAACAGUUGGGGGUAAUAAUUUGUGUCAAAUGUGUUAAUAUUUUUUAGUACU